AUGUGGCUAAACCUUCUCUCCAUACUUGUAGUCCUCAAAGGAGUCCAAUCUCAAGUCCAGUUGGUGGAGUCUGGAGGGGAUGUGAGAAGACCUGGGGAGUCCCUCCGUCUCUCCUGCCAGGCCUCUGGAUUCACCUUCAGCAGCUAUGGGAUGAGCUGGGUGAGACAGGCUCCAGGGAAAGGACUGGAAUGGGUGUCCCUCAUAAACACAGCUUCUAGCACUUACUACUCUGACAAAGUCAAGGGACGCUUCACCAUCUCCAGGGACAAUGCCAAAAGUCAGCUGUAUCUGCAAAUGAACAUCCUCAAAACUGAAGACACAGGAGUCUAUUACUGUGCAAAACACACAGAGAGAAGAAAAUGUCUACCAGAGUGGGCAAACAUGUGGCUAAACCUCGUGUCCUUACUAGCAGUCCUCAAAGGAGUCCAGUCCCAAGUCCAGUUGGUGGAGUCUGGGGGGGAUGUGAGAAGACCUGGGGAGUCCCUCCGUCUCUCCUGCCAAGCCUCUGGAUUCACCUUCAGCAACUAUGGGAUGAACUGGAUGAGACAGGUUCCUGGGAAAGGACUGGAAUGGGUUGCACUCAUCUAUUAUGAUUCCAGUAAAAGGUUCUACUCAGACAAAGUGAAGGGCCGCUUCACCAUCUCCAAGGACAAUCCCAAAAGCCAGCUGUCUCUGCAAAUGAACAGCCUCAAAGCUGAAGACACGGCAAUCUAUUACUGUGCGAGAGACACAGUGAGGGGAAGUGAAUCUGAAGCCAAGCAAAAACCUUCCUUUCUUCAGAAAAGCUCUUCAACUUGA